UGCGUUAUUCUACAGAGUUGGAUAGUGUAUUGUAAUCUAAUAGAAAAUGUACUGCAGUUCGGCAUUUUUUAAAUGGGGUAAUUAAUAGUAUAAAUGUUAUUUUUUGUCAAUUACCAGUUGUUUAGAAGGUGUUUAUUAGUUAUGAAAUUUGCCAUUGUAUCUUGUGAUGUAGGUGAUGAUGCACCCGAGCUGUCUGACAGUGAUGAGGAACAUUGGCAGUCGAUGGAGGAGGGACCUGAACACAUCACAGUCCCGUGUUUACUCUGUGACAGGACGCUCACCUGUGUGUCUGAAACAGUACAACACUGCAAGGCCGAUCAUGGCGUGGAUAUUCCAGGUCUUGUCCAAAAACACAAAAUUCUCUGCAGAGAACUUGCUACUGACUUCAAAUGGUCCAUUGCCAUGGGACAGCAAUGAAAAUCUUAAACCAGCUUUACCAGAUGACCCAUUAUUGCAGAUAGAUGUUGAAGAGUUGAGCGAGGCCACAGCUGUGACUGGUGAUCAGGUGUCUCUUCUGCUUCAGAGAGCCACACAGGCUGAAGACAGAGCUCAGAGAGCCGAGGAAGCUCUGGCCCGGGCUAUGGAUGAUCUGCACAAACUCAAAUUGUUGGCACAAGGUCUAGUGCUGAACGCACACACAAGUCGUGGCCCUUCAUGCUCAGGGGCCAUUGCCGAGUUGAGAGAAGACGAAGAUGAGGCCUACUUUAGCUCUUAUGGGCAUUACAGUAUCCAUGAGGAGAUGCUGAAGGACAAGGUGCGCACUGAGAGCUAUCGAGACUUCAUGUACCACAACAUGGACGUCUUCAAGGGCAAGGUGGUGCUUGACGUGGGAUGUGGUACGGGAAUCCUCUCCAUGUUCGCCGCCAAAGCAGGAGCCAGGAAGGUCAUUGCUGUUGACCAAUCUGAGAUCAUUUACCAGGCCAUGGACAUUGUCAGAUCAAAUAAGCUUGAAGACACCAUCACGUUGAUCAAGGGCAGAAUAGAAGAAAUUGACCUUCCUGUGGAAAAAGUGGACAUCAUCAUUUCAGAAUGGAUGGGCUACUUCCUGCUGUUUGAGUCAAUGCUGGACUCUGUGCUGUAUGCCAGGGAUCGAUACCUUACAGAAGAUGGUUUGGCCUCUGCUCCCCACUCAGGUGUGGGACAGUCCCGUGUAGCACCCAAUCAGCGUUCACUUGCGUCUCCCAAGACAAUCACUCAUAGCUUCUAUCCAGACUGCUGCAAUAUCAGCCUGGCGGCGACUAUUGACUGUGGCUCUGUGACUGUGUCUGAGCUGGAGUUCACUGAAGACUUCAGCCUAAAGAUAACGGCCAGCACCUUCUGUACAGCCAUCGUGGGCUAUUUUGACAUUUUCUUCGACAAGAGCUGCGGAAACCAGGUCAUGUUCUCCACUGCUCCAGACUGCACUAAGACUCACUGGAAACAAACAGUGUUCUUACUAGAAAGCCCUAUUCCUGUCAAAACCGGAGAGGAACUUCCAGGUCAAAUAACAGUGCAUAAGAACAGAAAGGACCCCAGAGCACUGCUGAUCACACUUGACAUCGCUAGCCGGAAGCAAACAUACAGCCUUCAGUGAAGAAUUAUAUUAGGUGGAAAACACAUUUUGAGAAAUGCUGUGUUUAAUAACUCAAACAUUCUAUUAAAAGUUUUUCUAUCAAA